UUGGCGCCGUCGCGAAGGCAAGAUUGAAAAAGUCCAUGGAUUGCUGGGUUGUACCAACCCUAACUGUCAGCAAGCCUGGACGAUGCGCUACUGGAACAGGGACACGCUGAGCACCUGCAACAUGCUGAUGAUCGUGCAAUCAAUGUUAGAUGGACACGGUAGACCAAAAGUGUUCAGCAGGGGUGUUCCAGCCGUAGCGUAGAUUAGUUAGAUUACCUUUUCCGAACUGGUUGUCGCCGGUUCAAUCCCUGGUGCGGGUGCUAGUGCCAAUACCCAUCGGCUCCGCACUAUGGCAUCAAAUUGUAUUUCCCGUUGACAAAUUACUCGUUACGUAAGCAGCGAUCGGUUGCCGUGUCAACAAGUCGGGUUGGGUCAGCAUUCCCGCACAAGCAGAAGAGGGCACAUUCAACUCUUGCACGAUGUCCCCAGUAAAAUGCAGCGAGGUUUCAUGUAGUUCAGUAGGACCAAAUACCGCGAGCUCUGUACGCUCAAUCCUGUAUCCAGUUUUGCCAGGAGAGGAUACCCUUGACGAUGCGGCAGCACAACGACUUGAGAGUUACCUUACAGAACUGUUCGAGGUGGAGCCAAUGGGAGUGAGCAGGCUGGAGGAAGGGACUAAGAUAUACGUUAAUGAAGAGGAAGGACCUGGGGAAGGGUUCCGACUUUUUUCCACUCCCCUCUCACGUAUUAAUUUAAAUCCCCAAGAGAUUCUUCCAGAAAGACUACCCCAUGAGUAUGAAAUAGACAGUGACCUUGAGGCUGAGCGCAGACGAUGCUUCCGAGACGUUAUCAUCAGCCCAGAACAAAUACGAAAGGAGUCACAUGUGUCACGGGAUGCUUGGAGUACAAGGGUGAUCACUAUUCCAUGUCAACCUGAGACCUCGACCAACCAUAAACCCGGCCGUCGACGGAAGAGCCAAAAGAGACGCAGGAUUGAUGCCAAGAUUCGAGCAGGUCUUUUGGCUGAAAGAACUGUGGAGACAGUGCAAUAUUCAUCAUGGCCUCGGACUUUUGGUGGCCGCCAGGCACAGCGUUCACGAAAAGCAGAUCAACUUCAUCAUAGAGCUCGGGUAUUUACACCAGGAAGUAGGGGAGAGCAACCACGUGGAAGCAGACGAUAAUAUUAUAAGAACCGCUAGGUAUUAUGGUGUGCCACAAGUUUAAUCGAACGCCAGUCCCAUCCCAUUAGCUCGCAUAAGAUCUGCGGCGAACUCUUACGUCAGAUGGGC